UGAAAGGAGAAACACACACAGAGACAGACGGUGAGGAUUCUAAUCACACCGUAAAAUAUCACUUCCAACUAAUGAAGACAGCUCCGUGAGGGAACACUGUGAACACUGGGGCAAAAUGUCGCUCAGAUCAGAAGAGGAUUUCUUAUGUCCUGUCUGCCAUGAAGUCUUCAAAGACCCUGUUGUUCUGUCAUGCAGCCACAGCUUCUGCAAAGACUGCCUCCAAAAAUGGUGGAGGGGGAAGAAAACAUACGAUUGUCCAUGCUGCAAGAGAAGAUCCUCAAAGAGUGAUCCCCCUCGUAAUUUGGCAUUAAGGAACCUGUGUGAGGCCUUUUUAGCGGAGAGAGGCGAGAGAGGCGACAGAGGCGACAGAGGCGACAGAGGCGGAAGAGUUUCAGAAGGGUCCGAGUCACUCUGCAGUCUGCACUCUGAGAAACUCAAAAUCUUCUGUCUGGACCACCAGCAGCCAAUAUGUGUGAUCUGUCGAGACUCAAAAAUGCAUAGCAACCACAGAUUCAGACCCAUCGAUGAGGCUGCACAGGAUCUCAAAGAGGAGCUCCAGAAAUCCCUGAAGCCCUUAAAGGAGAAGCUGCAGGUCUUUGAAGAUGUUAAAGGAAGCUAUGAUCAAAUCGUGAAACACAUCAAAGUCCAAGCCCAAAGCACAGAGAGGGAGAUUAAGGAGCAGUUUAAGAAUCUUCACCAGUUUUUGCACAAUGAAGAAAAGGUGAGGAUUGCUCACCUGAAGGAGGAUGAGGUGCAGAAGACUAAGAUAAUGAAAGAGAAGGUUGAGAGUCUGAGCAGAGAAACAGCAGCUCUUUCUAGCACAAUCAGAGCCACAGAGAGGGAGCUCAAAGCUGAAGACAUCUCAUUCCUGCAAAACUACAAGGCUGCAGUUAAAAAAGCCCAGCAGCGCCCCCUGCUGCAAGAUCCAGAGCUGGCUUCAGGAGUGCUCAUAGAUGUGGCCAAACACCUGGGCAACCUGACCUUCAACGUCUGGAGCAAAAUGAAAGAGAAGGUCUUCUACAGCCCUGUGAUUCUUGAUCCAAACACUGCCGACCCAGAACUUGUUGUAUUCGAUAAUCUGAGCAGCGUGAAAUCAGGAGAGCGGAAACCGCUUCCCAAAAACCCGGAGAGAACCAAGUUCUCCUGCUCUGUUCUCGGCUCUAAAGGCUUCAACUCAGGGACGCAUGAGUGGGAUGUUGAUGUUGGAAACAACAAGGACUGGGAACUGGGCGUGUUGAGCGAGUACUCCCAGGUCAGCAGGCGUCUUCAGUCAGGACUGUGGAGAAUUUUGUUCUCUGAUGGUAAAUUCUCAGCAUUUUCAUCACCAGACACUGAGAAGGAUCUACCAGUGAAGAAGGAAGUGCGGAGGAUCAGAGUCCAUCUUGACUUUGACAGAGGAAAGUUGUCGUUCUCUGAUCUCGACACUAAUGCCCACAUGCACACCUUCACACACAGCUUCUCUGACACCCUGUUUCCUUACAUUUACACUGAGAAUCCUCAGCCAGUGAAGAUUUUACCAGUGAAGGUCACUGUGACAGUGGAAAAGAACACUUAGGGUGAUGCAUAUCAUCAUAAAGUUGGGAAAUAUGACAAAACUGUGA